AGCAAUGCCAGAUCCUUAACCCAUUGAGCAAGGCCAGGGAGCGAACCUGCAUCCUCAUGGAUACUAGUCAGACUUGUUUGCCCUAAGUCAUGAGGGGAACUCCAUCAGUCAUUCUUUUGAGUAAAGGCAAUGUUGCAUGAAAACAGCUAGGUCAGUUUGCAACUUGACUACACAAGUUCUUUUCCUUUAGAGAAUUAUUAUGCAUUAGAAGUGCUUUAUGCAUAUGUUCUAUUUUGGCACCAUAAAGUAUUACAGAGAUAUAUAUUUAUGAGUUGAGAUUUAAUAACAGUUCUAAUGCUUAGAACAUCAUCAAGGACUUUGAGUGAGUCCCCCCACCCCGCUUCUUUUAACUGAGAAUGAGUAGUGGUGAAUAGAAACUGACUAUCCAUAACGUUUGGUGCUGCUUUACCCACCAAUCCCAAGGGCAACAGAGUGAAUAAGGCAAACAACAUCAUAGAAUUAUUAUGGUAGUAGCUAUGACUUCCCUGAAAAGUAUGGAGGCCUCCCACAAGUUUGCUAAAACUGCUGCUCUAGUACAUAGGUUCUAAAUCCCUAGGUUGCAUUAUCUCAUUUAUACUCACACUACAAAACCAAAACCGCUAUGUACUGUGAAGAGGCAGAGCUAUGCUACUUUUUCUUCUUUAUGCAACCACUCAAACUAAGCAAAUAGUUGGCUUUAUGUUUGCCUCAUUGCAGUGAUUUGUCAUCUCCCUUUACCAUUAUGAGCAGGUGGCGUGAGCUUAAUCUGAGCUAUAGCCUCAGAACCUUUUUACCCGGCUUGGUUCAGCAUGAUGGUUCAUGUAUCCCCUCUUACCUGUCCUGUCAUCCCACCAUCAUAGUGUGAGUUCACUUACUUCCUGAGGUUUCUCAGAGCAUAUCCUGAGCUCUGCAUCCUUCUACCUUUUAAUACUGUUUCGCUGAAAAUAUCACCCCUGUCCUCGGCUUCAGUGUCAGUAUUUAGAGGCAUUUGCUGAAUUUACAUUCAUUCUCAGAGAUAGAUGUGUGAAAGUCAAACAUCCUUUUGGAAGCUAAACUCAUGUUUUUUUUUUUUCUAAGAGAUCUACUUAUUUUACCAAAUGAAGGCAAUUAUUUCAUCAGUUUGUUUUGAUUUAAACAUAGAAGCAUGAGACUAAAGGCAGAUACAUAGGGUAUAAAAUAUUUGGAAUAUUGGGUUGGACCUGGGCUUAUAAAGUCCAGACAUGUCUGCUUUUAAGCUCUUGGACCUUCUGUGAAGUGUGCUAUGUCUUUGAGUCCUAUUUUCCUUGACUAUAUAAAAGUGUUAGUAAUGCUUACUAACUGAAAGUUGUAGAGAAGAUUAAUCUUAAUUAUAUGUAGUAGCUACUACAUUAUGUCACACACAGUAGAGAGCCACUGGUUUUAAAAUUAUAAUAACAAUGUAUUAGUUUGGUACUCAGACAUUUACCAGUUCUAGUUUGAGCUCUCAUAUACAGUUACAUUUUUCUGGAAUGAAAUGGAGCCCUUAGAAAAGGGUUUGUCAUGUAUGCGUUAGCUAAAGUUGUGAAACACAUUUUGAAGUGUACAAGUCAUGGACGGCAGAUGAGAAACGAGGCAAAAAAUCUUUUUCAACAUUUAAAUAUGACAGCAAAUAGAAUCAUGUUGUUCGAAGAAUAGGGACCCUAAUUGGAUAGGAUUUUUUAUUCGUAAUCUAAGGAUAAUAUUGUUGCUUUGAUAUAUUCUAACCUCAUUACUGUCUACAAACUUGCUCCUUGGUUAUUCAUACCAAAAGAUUUUUACUCUAAGAAUCCCCAUUCUUUUUUUGAGAUAUAAUUGGCAUAUUAGUUUCAGGUGUUACAGCAUAACAAUUCGAUAUUUUCAUGUGUUAUGAAAUCACAGUGUGUAGUUCACAUCCAUCACCAUAGUUACAGAUUUUUUUCUUGUGAUGAUAAGUUAUAAGAUCUAAUCUCAUAACUCUCAAAUAUGCAGCACAGUAUUACAGCCUAUAGUCACCACGCUCUGCAUUACCUUCCUGAAUUCUCCAUUCUUUAUUCAAAUCUCCAAAGUAGUUGACAAUGCAGAACAUAUCUGGGCUGAUAAAACUGAAUAUGGAAUAAAGCACCAGCUGCUUGUUCUCAGAUGCUAGAAUUCUGAAAGUAGUGGAGAAAAACUUCUAUCGUUUCCAGCUGGGAGUCUCUAUUAUGUCUGGAUAUGCCAGUCAAGCUGUAGAAGUUGUGGCCGGCAAACACAUAAAGCAAAUAAAAUUCUUUUGCCAUCUAGGGCGUAACUAAAUGCUCGCCAUUCUCCCUGUUAGUCAUUAAAGAUAAACUUUUGAUCGUUUGUUGAAAGUACUGAAGAAUGCAGAUUUUCUCAAACACGGGGUAGGGAAUGCAUUGUAUAAAAGUACUUAAUUUACGAAAGGACAUUUUUAGUUCCACGUUUAAAAAUUGAUUCUGGUGUUUAAGGGACUUUAUAAGCACAUACUGCCUCUGCUGAAAUCCGUUCUGAAGAACUUACAGCCAAGAGCUUCUGAGCAUUUGGACUCAUUAGCAGAGCUAAUUCCUUUGGCUGUAUUUCCUGAAGGUAGUUUUCUGUAAGGUAUGCGAGGGUCAAGGGAGAGCAGUAGCAGGACUGCGUCCCCUGCACUCUUCAGUGAGGACAGACAGGAUGAGGUGGAAUGAGGCCAAGUCCAAGGACCAACCAGUGUCUGCCAGCUCUCUCCCUGUCUUCUACCUCCUUCUUCAUCAUGUUUAUUGGGAUUUAGUUUAAAAGCCUGUGCUUAACAGGAACUUGGGCAUAUGUAAAUAUUUGAUGUACAUGUUCUGCUGGGUUUGGUUUUACCAAACCCACUGCUCUCAUGAAGAAGACAGCAGAGAAAAUGUGUAUACUGAUUUAGAAAUGUUCGGAAUUUGGCGGGAGGGACUCCUCAGAGCCUUGCAGGGAUCCUGGUUACUGGGUGAAGAUUCAUCACUUAGAAUACACAGAUGGAGGGAUCCUAGAUCCAGAUGAUGUCCUGGCAGAUGUCGUUGAAGACAAAGAUAAGAUUCUUCCAAGGAACUUUACCAAGUACCUUUGGAAAUUUUGUACAGUUGACAUCCUCUGAUUGCUGUGUUUGACGAACAAGAACCACUCCACAAGAUUGAGAGCCCCAGUGGAAACCCUGCAGGCCGGCAGAGCCCAGAUGCUUUUGAGACAGAAGUGGCUGCCCAGCUCGCUGCGUUUAAACCAGUUGGUGGGGAAAUUGAAGUAACCCCUUCUGCUCUGAAAUUAGGCACUCCACUGCUGGUGAGGAGAAGCAGUGACCCUGCUCCAAGCCCACCUGCUGAUGCCCAGCCAAGCACUUCGCACCCCAGUGGCCAGAGUCUGAAACCUGUUAUUCCAAAUUCCACACAGGAAUUAGAAGAUGGAGAAGUUAUGAAUGGUGUGCAGACAGAACUACUGACAUCGCUGAAAACUAUGGAUGCAUUGAGUGUCAUGACAAAAACGGUGGAGAUUUCUGGGGAAGGAGGCCCCUUGGGAAUACAUGUAGUGCCCUUCUUUUCAUCUCUGAGUGGAAGGAUUCUAGGGCUCUUCAUCCGCGGCAUUGAGGAAAACAGCAGAUCCAAGCGAGAGGGACUCUUUCAUGAAAAUGAAUGUAUUGUGAAAAUCAACAACGUGGACCUCACAGACAAAACUUUUGCUCAGGCUCAGGACGUCUUCCGUCAGGCAAUGAAAUCUCCAAGUGUGCUCCUCCGUGUGCUUCCACCACAAAACCGGGAACAGUAUGAGAAAUCAGUUAUUGGACCUCUUCACAUUUUUGGUAACAACGAUGGUGCUUCAAGAACAAAAGUGCCACCUUCUAUCCAUGGGAAAUCCGGGGUCAAGAUGGUAAAUCCCACAGGAUCAAACGGUCCUAAAGAUGAUGCUUCAACUUCCCUGCAGCAAAGCAGGAGCCCCCGAGUGCCAAGGGUGGGAAGAAAGCCAUCUUCUCCCUCACUCUCCCCUCUCAUGGGCUUUGGCAGCAAGAAAAAUGCAAAGAAGAUUAAGAUUGACCUAAAGAAAGGCCCUGAAGGACUUGGUUUCACUGUGGUUACCAGAGAUUCUUCCAUACAUGGUCCUGGUCCCAUUUUUGUAAAAAAUAUUUUACCAAAGGGAGCAGCAAUAAAAGAUGGCCGCCUACAAUCAGGGGACAGAAUUUUGGAGGUAAAUGGCAGAGACAUCACUGGCCGAACUCAGGAAGAGCUCGUGGCCAUGCUGAGGAGCACCAAGCAGGGAGAGACUGCUUCACUGGUCAUCGCCCGCCAAGAAGGAACUUUUCUGCCCCGAGAACUGAAAGGAGAACCUGACUGCUAUGCGCUCUCCCUGGAGACAACUGAGCAGCUUACCUUCGAGAUCCCCCUAAAUGAUUCUGGUUCUGCUGGUCUUGGGGUGAGCCUGAAGGGGAACAAGUCUCGAGAAACUGGAACAGACUUGGGGAUUUUUAUCAAAUCCAUCAUCCAUGGAGGUGCUGCUUUUAAGGAUGGUCGUCUGCGGAUGAAUGACCAGCUGAUUGCAGUUAAUGGGGAAUCUCUUUUGGGAAAGUCCAACCAUGAAGCUAUGGAAACACUUAGGCGAUCAAUGUCCAUGGAAGGAAACAUACGAGGAAUGAUCCAGUUGGUGAUUCUGAGGAGGCCAGAGAGACCAGUGGAGGAGGCUGCAGAGUGUGGGGCAUUUUCUAAGCCAGGCUUCGAGAGCUGUCAAAACGCUCUAACCACCUCCAGGAGAAAUGAUAAUAGUCCCUCGCAUCCCUUUGGCACCUGUAGUCCACAAGACAAACAGAAAGAGUCCACACUUCCCAACGACAGAUGGGCUGAGAGCGAAGUUCCACCUUCCCCCACUCCACAUCCUGUUCUGGAACUGGGCCUUGAAGACUGCAGCCACAGCUCUGGGGUGGAUUCAGCUGUAUAUUUUCCAGAUCAGCACUUCAACUUUAGAUCUGUGACACCAGCCAGGCAGCCUGAAUCAAUGAAUCUGAAAGCCUCAAAGAGCAUGGACCUUGUGCCAGAUGAAAGCAAAGUCCGUUCAUUGGCUGAACACAAACCGGAAUCUCCAGGCAAAGAUUUUGGACCCACUCUGGGUUUGAAAAAAUCCAGCUCCUUGGAGAGCCUGCAGACAGCUGUUGCCGAGGUCAGGAAGAACGAACUUCCCUUCCACCGGCCCCGGACCCACAUGGUCCGAGGUCGAGGCUGCAACGAGAGCUUCCGAGCUGCCAUUGACAAAUCUUAUGACGGACCAGAGGAAUUUGAAGCUGAUGGUCUAUCUGAUAAGAGCUCUCACUCUGGCCAAGGAGCUCUGAAUUGUGAAUUGGCACCUCAGGGGAGCUCUGAGCUAGAGAAUGUGGAAAAUAAAGCCAGGAAAAUCAAAAAAACAAAAGAAAAGGAGAAGAAGAAGGAGAAGGGCAAAUUGAAAGUCAAGGAGAAGAAGCAGAAAGAGGGAAAUGAAGAUCCAGAAAGAAAAAUAAAGAGGAAGGGAUUUGGUGCCAUGCUGAGUAGAUUUGGGAAGAAGAAAGAUGAUAAGGGUGGAAAGGCUGAGCAGAAAGGCCCCCUGAAGCGUGGUGGCCUGAGAGAGGAGGAGCUGGAAAAAAUGAAAGAAGAACGUGAGCGGAUUGGAGCAAAACACCAGGAGAUAAGGGAAAAGCAGGCAAGAGGUCUCAUUGAUUAUGCUACUGGUGCAGUUGGAUCACUGCAUGAUAUGGACGAUGAUGAAAUGGACCCCAACUAUGCCAGAGUGAACCACUUCCGGGAACCGUGUACAUCAGCAAAUGUCUAUAGGUCUCCAUCUCCCCCUCGGGCUGGACCACUGGGCUACCCUCGGGAUGGCCGGCCACUGUCUCCAGAGCGAGACCACCUAGAGGGUCUCUAUGCCAAGGUCAACAAGCCAUACCAUCCACCAGUGCCCAUUGACAGUGGCCGUCCCAUGAGCGGAAGUGCUGACCGUAUCCAGAAGUUGCGGAAGGAGUAUUACCAGGCUCGGAGGGAAGGUUUUGCUUUAUAUGAGGAUGACGAAGGAAGAGCGAGACCUGAUUAUGACCUUCACUGGGUGUCUGGAAAGGGUCCAGAUGGGAAUCUACACAACCUCCACUUUGAGGGGAUGGAGAGACAGUACGCCUCCUUACCCAGGAUAAAGUUCUGUGGAGGGAGUUUUUGGACAAGAGCAACACAUGGAUGCUGUUUGUACCUGUGGAGCUCUCAUCCCUAUACACGAAUUGACAAAAAUCCUGCCAUCCUCAAGAAUAUAACUGUAGCCAAAAGGGGAGGACCAGCAGAUCCUGUAGACUAUCUGACAGCAGCACCUCGAGGGCUCUACAAGGAAAGGGAGCUUCCAUUUUACCCAGGGGCUCAUCCUGUGCAUCCUCCCAAAGGGAGCUAUCCCCGCCCCCCAGAUCUGAGGCUCACAGAUCUCCGGUAUCCCCAGUAUUACCCACCCCCACCAGCCCCCCAGCACAAAGGACCCUUCAGACAAGACGUUCCGCCUUCCCCUCCUCAGCACCACAGAGUACCAGCCUACCAGGAAAUAGGCAGACCAGGGCCCCGAGGGGGCAGCCCAGAUCAGUAUCCAUACCGAACCCAGGAUCCUCGGCAGAAGAACCCCAUGACGGCAGCCGUGUAGCUGAAUACCACUAAGCUCAGCCCAGCCCAGAAAGGAAGACAUCCAACAUCACCUUUGUUCUUCCUACCCACUAAGGCCUUCUUCCUGUUAAGAAUUCUGUCUGCGUGGUACAGGUUAGGUUUUUCUCCCUGAGGUUGCAACACCUGGUUGCUAAUCAGAGAGGAAAAAUGAGACAGGAGUUUGGGAAGGAAAUCAGAAGGCAGAGGAGGGGUGGGGCCCUAAAAAAAUACUGCCUGAUACAUGAAAUAAUUUUAGAGUUUGUUUAGUUCACCAAGAGUGGUAACUAAACAGACAGAUAACAGUGGAGAUCUACAACAUGCCACCUCCCUGGAGUACACACACACCCCAUAGAAUUGACAGCAUGCGUCCAGUCUCUGCCCAGGAUCAUCAUCCAAUCAGAGGCUAAGCUUCAGCCACUUUAUUAGAGUUAAGUCUGUGAAGAGUGGCUGUACAUAAUGGGCAUCCUAAAUGAGUAGUUUUUUCACUGAGAAAACAACCGCAGCAAACAUGAGGAGUGAUCUCCUUAAAAUGCUUUAUACAAGAGGAAGACUACAUUUAUUUGUAGAAUUUCUCAGGUUCUCGGUACCACUCAUUUGGUAUAAGCAUCUCAUGUUUCCUAAAAGUAAGAUGUGAGUGCAGUAUUAGUGUCCUGGGAGAAUGUGCAAAGCUAGUUAGAGCUUCCAGAAGAAAUACAUUCUUAGGACCAAGGCAAUCAGGUUAAGAGAACUGAAAUUCCAAGGACCUUCCUUCCUCCCACCUCCCAGGCACAAUAGCAUGGAGAUACCUGGUUACAGCUUCAUCCCCAAACCUCCUGCCUCUAAUUAGUGUAAGCAGGGCCUCUACUUUAAGGCUCUCAUUUGAGCCUAAGGUAUACGUGGGAAAAAGAGGGCCCACUGGUUAGGUCGCACAGGUAGUAGUGCUCUGGAAACAGCAAUUCCAGACUCAGUGCCAAAUAGCACCAUAUGCACCUGGGGCCAGGGCGGGGCUGACUGAACUCUUUGGGAACGAUAACCAGCAGGUAGUUGGUGGUGACUGUGUGUGUGUGUGUCUGUGUGUAUGUGUGUGUCGGCAUGUGAUUACCAGUAGGGAGAAUGGAAAAUAAAAAUGCUUUCUGGAAAGUGUGAUGAGAAAGGGAAUAAAAAGGAAAAAAAAAAAAAAACAACAGAAAAUAGCAGGGACGGGAGAAGGAGCAUAAAACUAAAUCAAUCUAUAUCUGCUAUAUUUCAUCAACAAAAGACAGGGCAAGGCCAAGGUCUCCAGUUGGGAAAAGAAGGUCUUAUAGCUUUGAAAAGCUGAAACCACACCCUCCCAUACCCACCGCAGUUUCUUAAGUGCUUUGCAGCUUUCUACUUAUUUCAACAGAAUCUCUAAAACCUACAACCUGACCCAAAUGAGAACACGAGAAGACCAAGAAACAGUAAAGCACAGGAGCCUCAACUUGUUCAGUGACUCUUGAAAUAUUUUAAGUGUUUUUACAUUCCUUCUUCAUUCCCUCCAAAAAAAAAAAAAAAAAAAGUCUUGAAUUCAAUUUAGACAUAUUUUGGCUGAGAUUAGAAUACCUCUGACUGAUAGGAUUUAAUAAAUUAUAGUAUCAUUGAAUAUAUAGAGUAUCUAUCUAGCCCAGUUUAGUCUUAUUUUUUUUAAUUUAAAAUAGUUCUGUUACCAAGAAUGAUGCAACUGGUGGUUUUAGACUUAACUAGUAUUAUUUACUAAACUUUAAGAGGUAUCAUUUUCCAAACUACAAUUGACUUACCCUCUUGAAAGUAGACUGUCAAGUUGUUUUUUGCCCUCUAUCAUCUCUCUUAUGCCAGGCACCUUUAGAUUGUCUGCAGUUUGUGCAAAGAGGUUGAGGACUGGGCCCUGCUCACCUAGAGGUGGAAUGCAGAUGAGCUAUAGGGUUUCCCUGCCAACACGCUGCAAGCUGCCUUUGCCUCGAACUGAAUAAACCUUCAAGGAGAUAAUGAUGAGGGAAGCAUGAUGUGUUCUGAAGCAUUAAAAAUCAGCUCUUCAAGAUGUUCCAUAGUUGAACCAAAUUUCUGUAGACUACUGGACAUAACCAAGCCAGAAGACUCCUUCUGGAUUAAGGCCAAGGUCCCACAAGGGGCAGCGGCGUAAGGUGAGAUAUUCUGUGUGUGCUGGAGAAGUGGCCCUUGUAGGAAGAAUGCACAUGUUUUCACCAUGUUGCCACUGUGUGAGCAUAAUAUCUCCUGUACUCAGGCUCAGGGUAAGCUGCUCCAAACAUGGUUUUGUACUGUAUACACAGGCAAUAAAACAGUUGCUAAUUCUAAGGGGCAGCCAGUGAUGUGAAGGUACUAUUAAAGUAGACCAAAAACAACAACAAAAAAAAAGAUAAUAGAUAACGAUGUUCUUUUCUUGCUUGAAGUAUAACAUAUGUCCCAUUUGGCCCUUCCCAAAAGAAGCUAACAUUAUGCAAGUCUUCAUCAAGCUAAGUAGCAAUUAAGAACAGCUUGAAUGAAAGCUUUAUAAAGGCCUGUGUACCAACCCUCCAAUUGUCACCACCCAGAGGUUACGGUAUUCUUUCCCAGUAUUUAGAACAGGUACUUUAGAAUAUUUAGAAGACCAGGCUAUAAUCAGUAGGUGCCCAGGAGCAGGAAAUAGUUCCCAGUUUAUUUAUAGCCUUGAAAAAACUCCGUCAGGUGUAUCCUUGUAGCUCAGAAUACUAAUAUACCCCACGAAAAGUGUCACAGCAAGCUGCAAACCCAACAACGUACAGCCACUCGGCUUCUGAUCUGACCAUUAGGUCAUCCAAGCCUCAAAAUGAUGUGUUGGCCUCAAGUUACUCAAGAUAUUUUAAAGAGCUCUGUUUUUGUCCCUUUUUGCAGUAGAGAGAUGAAAGGGAGUAGACCACUGAACACUUUCAGAUGAAGGCGAAUUCAGUCCUCUACAAGGAGAGGAACACAUCAUCUCAUGAACCCAGUGUCACUGGGCUGCAGCCAUAUCACUCUUGGUAUAAUACUGCUUCCCCACAAUAUCACAUCCCUGGAUGAAAGGCAAGCUCAAAAUCAGGAGUAUUUUCUUAAAUAGAAUAACCACAAAAAUUGGGGAAAAUAUUACUGUGAUGCUCCUGAUUCUUAGAUUAUUAGAUCUAUUUGCAUUGACGCCACAGUACAUCACGGAGCAAAGAUCUUAAAAUCAAGAGCAUGGGGAGAGCCACAGACCCAAUGGUACCCUGUGGAGGAAACUCUUUGCACACCUACUGAUAGAAGAAAUUUGAGACUUCACUAGAGCUUUAUUUUUGCCACCACUAAACAACAUUAAAACAUGAUUCAUUAUUCCUUCCAAAGAUUUAUGAACUUCUUAAAUCGAAUCUAUCUUCUGGAGGAAAUCCAUCUGAUAACUUUUGGAGUUGCCAGGAAUAAGGUUGUUAUGCACAGAGAUCAAGCCUUUAAAGAGUGUUUAUUCCCUAACCUGUAACCACAGCCUUCAUUUUCUUUGGAGGAACACUUAGCAUUUCAGAGGGAUAAAGAGAUCUGGAGAGUUUGGUGUGGUUAGGGAUGUGUGUCUGUAAAAUUCCCCUCAGCAUUAAACUCUGACAUCCGCAAUGAGAGGUCUUCAAAUUGGUGCUAAGUUGGGUAGACACCCUACUGCUUCCUGAGUGCACGAGCAACAGAAAGUCCAAAAGGACUUAGUGCAAUUAGGCAGGAGGGAGCUGGAUUCAGAAACAGUCCACGAUCCUAUUCCCCUGUACUCCCCAUUCACACCAACUUAAAUGGAAAUGAUGCCACAGUAAGACCAGUAAGAGGAGUCUCCCUAAGAUAUGCCUACAAAGUCACCGUUCUGAUAAAAAGGAGAAUGAAAGUUCACUAUCUAAAAUAAGCCUAUAAGCUCAUAUGCAGCUACGACUUCUAAGUGAAACUCUUUCUCCCUCAUGUCUUUGAAUAGCAAUAGAAUGACACACACACAGCCUGACUUUUAAAGUCAGACUUAACUACAAGCCCAGAGUGGGAGUGAACUAACCCCCAAGGCUGUCUCCUGACUCAGCUCUUUCAGACAGUGUUAUGUUCCAACCACGAUGACUGCAAUACUGUUUACUACUGGAACAUCAAAACCAACCUACUGUCUAUACAAUCACUUUUUCUAGCGUUUCCCUGUACUUAGGUGAUACCAAGUCUGUUCAUAAGUUUUGAAGAUAAAUUAUGUGAGAUCAUAUUUUGGCAUAUGGGGGUGGAGAAUGAAUUCUUUACAGACUUUUUAGGAUGAUCCCAUUUGUACCACAGAAAACAUUUUGGAUAUUGUUAUAUAUGAAUAUAUAAAUUUUUCUUGGUUAUUUUGCAUUAAAAUAAAGCUUUAUUCAGUCA